AUGGCAAAGGCAACGGGAACGGUGGGAGAAGACGAGAACCGAGAGGGGGGGGACGUCAACACGCAGCGCCGAGUGAGGUUCGAUACGCAACACAAGGUAUGCAUAUGCCUAACGUGUAGAGUGGCGGUGCCUCCAGGAAGGGACCGCAUCAGCGGGAUUGUCAGCCACUUCCGCAAGCAGCACCAGCUCAAAGGAGAAGAGCUAGCCCAGGUAACCGCAUACUGCUCGGGAUUGCCGUUACGGGAUCCACACACGAUCCAGCUGCCAGCCGACGGCAGCGCACCGAUCGAGGAUCUCGCCGUGCUAGCGGGCUGCAGGUGCACCGUGUGCGGGUACCUGACGAUCAACCGAAAGAAUAUACUCGCUCAUCCGAGGAAAUCGGACCACGCAGACAUCGGGGGUGGCUGGGAGGCGGUGGAGCUCCAGACCUUUUCGCAGGGACGCUUCGCGAGGUACUGGGUCAUCGAGAGGCAGAGGCCGAUGCCGCGGGACGCUGUGGUUGAAAGGGAUGCAAGCCGGUGCUCAGAUGAAUCGGAGCCGGGCUCGGAUGCCGAUGGGUAUUAUUAUGGGGAUGAGGUUGAUGGGGGGGAUUGGGAUGGGAUGCUGACCCAGUAUGGCCGUGUACUCAAGAAAGAGGAAGACGAGAGGCGACGGACCGCGCAGAAGCCCGGCGGUAUCGACCACGGCUCGACAUGGAUCAACAAGACGGGCUGGGCCAAGCACUUCCAGGGGCGAGAUCUCAAGAGGAUCUACCAGCUCGGACUAGGGCCCAAGUCCAAGGCCGUGCGGAGAGGCAUGCGAGACGGCGCCGAACGCGAGGAGCAGGAGACGCUGGCGCGGCUUAUCGAGAGCUUCGAUCGAGAGAUGUCGAGGUGCGUCGGUCGGCUAGAACGGGUGCCGAACGAGACGCUUCGCUGGCUGAACAGCAUCAACCCGGAGACUCCGGUAGGGCAGCCGUUCAAGCUGAAGGAGCAUGAGAGUUCCAACGAGAAAUAUUGGGCGUACGGGGGGCGGUAUCUAUGCCACUGCUGGCGGGUGUGGAAGCUUGGGCGGGACAAGGCACAGACCGAGGUCGGGAUACGCUUCACGGACGAGCAGUGGGGCCGUUUAUGUGCCGUUGUGGAGGCUCUCGAUAAUAAUAAGGUUGGCGGGGGGGUACCGGGGCCGUCGGGACCCACCAUGGGACGGAGCGGAUGCGGGUCCACAGUUAACGACGACCGGCGCGGGCGCCGCGACGACAGCGGCAACGACCCCAACGGCGACAGGGAAUCGGCCAGCAAUGAAGGUGGCGAGAACGACGACGACGACGAGGAUGAAGAAGAAGCGAGGCAGCAGCAGCAGCAGCAGGAGGAGGAGAGGAGGAGGGCAGUGCUCGACCGAAGGGUCUUCGAAUUCUUCAUCAGCUCGAUCAAGCACAAGGUAGCAUACGACGUUCAUCGCAACCCGCUCGUAUACUUCACGGCGGUGCUAGGCAUUGGCGAUGAGAGAACAGGGCACUCGUACAAGCGACCAGCCGGCUAUACGGGGCAGCUGGCAGGACUUGUCUGGUGCGUACGUAUGCUGAUGCUGGAGCACAUCUUCGAGGAGGAGCCCGAGGAGCCGGAGGAAAUGCGGUUCGAGGUCGUUGAGAAAUUUCAGGAGGAACAUCGAGAGUGGCUCGUCGACGGAUCUUACUCACCAUUCAGCACCAUGAUCGGGUUAAUGGCAUACGGCAAGGGCCACCGGAAGAAGGACGGCGGCAUGCCGAACGUGAUGUGGGAAGAGAACGGCGAGGCUCUGCGAUACUUGGGGGAGCGGGUGACGAUCGACGAGUUCCGGACGGCGGCUCAGGUGGCGGUCAGGGAGGCCGAAAAGCUGCUCGACCGGCUGAUGUACGGCCAAUGGGCGAAGGUGAAAGCGACGAUCGAACUGGGACGGAUCGUCGACAGCUUGACGUUCGAGGGUGCCGGGCGGUCGUUUGCGACGAACGGCCGGAACCAGUGGCUCCGGCCGGGUCACCGCAGAGUUGCCGAGCUGGGGAAGGCCAAGCUCUGGCGGCAGGGCCGGGGCUGGAGACGCAAGACCGUGAAGCAGUUUCUCUCAACCUUCCGGCUCUUCGCAAUGGCGAUGGCCGUCGUCACACACAUCUGGUGGGGGAUGCCCGGCCGAGGCCCGGAGCUCUUGACGAUGCGGCACUGUGACUCACAGCAGCUCAUCCGCAGCGCGUUCAUCUUUGACGGACAGAUGAUGAUCAUCACCGACCGGGACAAGAGCCGGGCAGUCCGCGGCAUCGGCAGGAAGGUGGCACGGUUCCUCCCCGAGCUGCCGACGAAGAUGAUGGUCGCGUACAUCGCGUGGCUCAUCCCCACGGCGAGGAUGCUGCAUGAGCAAGCGGGCAUCCAGGGGCCCGGACCGUCUCUCGAAGGCUUUCUCUGGGCAGACGCGAGGAAAGGCCGAUGGGACACCGAGCUACUCACCCAGCGGUUGAGGCUUCUGACUGCCGAGCAUACGGGUCUUACCAUGGGUGUUUCGGAGUAUCGACACGUCGGGAUCGAGAUGGGCAGGAAGGUCAGAGGAUUGGCAGUGAGGCAGGUAGAAGUGGGCAUCGGCGACGAGGCCGACGGCGAGGAGAAUAUGAUGGCUGAGGUGGACCCGGUCACCGGAGAAGCACGGGGCAAGCGACGGUUUGAGUACGUCUUUGACUUGCAAUCAACGCACGGCAGCGUGCUGGCGCGGCGUUAUGCGGUAAACAUCCAGUUCCCAGACCAGCUGCAGCCGCAGAUGGUGGCCACUUAUCGAGAGGUCAGCCGGUUGUGGCACUGGUUUCUCGCGAGCCCGACAGGGAAUGAUGAUGCCGGUGAUCAUCAAGGCUGCUGCUCUGACAUUUUGGAGGCAACGGCAAGCAAGGGUGCUACCAAGCGGAAGGCUGUUGAGAUUGAGGCGGCGGGCAUGGGAGAGGAAAGCAAAAGAAGGAGGAAGGUCGGGACAGCCGAAGCAGGGACGCCACCAGUAGGGGGAGGAGGAGGAGGAGGAGGAGGGGCAGUGGUCGGAGGACCAGGCGCUCCGCUUCAACAAGGACUACAACGGCUUCUAGGAGAGGGCGCAAGUUGGAAGUCUGACGAGCAGCACGAAUGCAUGGUGAGAAUCAUGGACAUGAGGAGGGGUGAGGUGCUGAUCUGUGUGCUUCCAACCGGUGGUGGCAAAAGCAUAUUCUUCAUGCUCCCCGCGGUUGCGGAAGAGACCGGCACCAGCAUCGUGGUGGUCCCGUUCGUGGCGCUGAUGGACGACAUCUUAGAUCGGGCUCGCGACGAUUUCGGUAUCGACUGUCUGAAGUGGGAACCGGCCAUGACUGCGGGAAGAGACGAGGCUCAGCCGGAUGCGCGUCUCGUCGUCGUCAGCGCCGAUCUGGCAAACUCGCCCGAGUUCAUCAGCUACGUGGACAACCGACGAGCGCGAGGCUUACUCCGCCGCAUCUUCUUCGAUGAGAGCCACACCGCCAUCGUCGACGCCAGCUACCGGGAGCGGCUCGAGUCGCUGAAAGGGCUGCAUCGAUACGACUGCCCAGUGGUGCUGCUGACGGCUACGCUGCCGGUGAAGAUGGAGAAGUGGUUCCGCAGGCUGAUGCUGGCAGAGGACGCGGCCAUAGUCCGAGCUAGCACUGCUAAGCUUAAUAUCCGGUACCGCAUCCGGAAGGUCAAGGGUGGAGCGGCCGCGGUUGAGAAGGAGGUCAUCAAGGCGAAGCUCCGGAUUGAAGAGCGGAUGCAGAGCGGUCAGAGAGGGGUGAUAUAUUGCCGAACGAAGAAACAAUGCGAGGCGUUGGCCGGCAAGCUGGGAUGCUCGUUCUACCACGCCGGAAUCGAGGAUAAAGGCAGGCGGCGAGCGAUCUUACAGGAGUGGGCUAGGGCUACUGGCGAGGGACCCAGUCGGUGGAUCGUGGCGACGACCGGACUCGGGACGGGUAUCGAUAUCGGCGGCAUCGUCGCUGUCAUCCACAUGGAACAACCGUACGGGCUCGUUGACUUUGUACAGCAGACCGGGCGCGGCGGGCGGCGGAGCGGAGAGGCGGUGGACUCGGUGAUUGUGCUGGGCAGCGGACGAGUGCCGCGCGACCAGCACAGCAGUGACAUCGAACAUCUCAACCGCCAGGCGAUGGAGGAAUUCAUCCAUACUUCCGGUUGUCGACGAGUGGCACUAGGCGUGUUCAUGGACGGCAAGGGAUUGCAAUGCGACGAGAUGAUAGGGGCAGAACGGUGUGAUCGAUGUGAAGAGCGGGCAGGUGAGGAAGGGGCUAUGGGUUUGACGAGCAACCGGCUAAAGGAGCAUAUCAAGAGGGAAGCUCGGGGGCGUCGAGCGCUAGAGCGAUGGCUCGACGAGGCAGACGGCAAUUGUGGGGUAUGUCUGGUGAAGUGGCACAAGGACGGGCGGCGGGGGGGCAGAGAAGAGGAGUAUCAACACCGGCUCGACCGGUGUCCGAUCGUGAAGGCGGAAGAUUAUUUCGCGUGGCGAGGACGGCUCGACUUUGCGGUUCACAGUUGUUGCUGGGGCUGCGGGCUCCCGGAAGGAUGGUGCGCCAAGCUAGUUACAUGGAAGGGGCAGGAGAGGUGUCGGUAUCGCGAUCAGGUGAUGCCGGUAUUGAUGGUUGUGGGGAGAAGCGCGAGGCUUCGCAGGAUGGUGAUGGAGGAAUUUGAUAUUGAUGCGGCGGAAGAUGAGGAUAAGUAUAUCGAGUGGAUUUGCAGGACUAGGCGGUUGUACGGGGCGGAGAUGACGAACGGAAUCGCGGUUUGGGAUUUGAUUGUUCGGCAGCUUUGCACGCGAGGUGGAUCCGGAUGA